GCUGUUAUAGGUUUUAUUUUUAAGUCUGUGUAGAUGAUUUGCUGACCCAGAUAUACAUUGGGAUCUGGGUUUUUAUAGGAUUAAGUGCCGUGUAGAUAUAUUCAUUGGGAACCCAGAAUUGUUUUGGGAUUUGUGCCUCUGGGUUUCUUUUGAAAUUCUUGUAAUUGAUCUAUUGGUGCAGGUCAUACUUCAUUUGAAUUAUUUGUGUUUUGAGUUUUGAUGGGUUACCAAAACUCUCUAUUUGCAUCUGUCUGCAUUUUGCUACUUUCAUUCGGAGCUUGUUUUGCUUCUUCUAUUCAAGAUCAAGUGAGGGAUAGAAUAACACAGUUGCCAGGGCAGCCAGCCAAUGUGGGGUUUCGUCAGUAUUCUGGUUAUGUCACUGCCAAUAAGCAAGCUGGGAGAGCAUUGUUUUACUGGUUGGUUGAGUCCCCAGCGCAGCGUGGACCGGAGUCCAGACCGCUAGUGUUGUGGCUCAAUGGUGGUCCAGGUUGCUCUUCUGUUGCUUAUGGAGCAGCUGAAGAGAUUGGACCUUUUCAUAUUAGACCUGAUGGGAAGACCCUUUACUUGAAUCCAUAUGCUUGGAACAAUUUGGCAAAUUUGCUUUUCCUUGAAUCGCCAGCUGGUGUUGGAUUUUCAUAUAGCAAUACAUCUUCAGAUUUGUAUACAGCUGGGGACCAGAGAACAGCUGAAGAUGCAUAUACAUUUCUGGUCAAUUGGUUCGAAAGGUUUCCUCAGUACAAGCACAGAAAUUUCUACAUUGCUGGAGAAAGUUAUGCAGGUCAUUAUGUUCCUCAGCUGUCUCAAUUGGUUUAUGAGAGAAAUAAGGGAAUUAAGAAUCCAGAUAUCAAUUUUAAGGGGUUUUUGGUAGGAAAUGCUGUGACCGAUGAUUACCAUGAUUUUAUUGGCACAUUCGAAUACUGGUGGACACAUGGUUUAAUUUCUGAUUCCACCUAUCGGGAACUGCGAGUUAAGUGUGACUUGGAAGUCUCUCAGCAUCCAUCACUGGCUUGCAUGGAGGCCCUCAAACUAGCAGAUUCAGAGCAAGGAAACAUUGACCCUUACAGCAUUUUCACCCGUCCUUGUAGUAGUGCUGCAGCACUGAAGCGCAACUUGAGGGGUCAUUAUCCAUGGAUGUCCAGAGCAUAUGAUCCAUGCACUGAGAGGUAUUCUGAAAAGUAUUUCAACCAUCCAGAAGUUCAAAAGGCACUUCAUGCAAAUGUAACUGGACUUUCAUACCCAUGGAAAACAUGCAGUGAUUUUGUUGGAAACUACUGGUCGGAUUCUCCACGGUCUAUGCUUCCAAUUUAUCAAGAGCUUAUUGCUGCUGGUCUCAAGAUAUGGGUCUACAGCGGAGAUACUGAUGCAGUGGUUCCUGUUACUGCCACGCGUUACUCCAUUGACGCCCUUAAGUUACCGACCAUCAACAACUGGUCCCCAUGGUCCGAUUCCGGCAAGGUUGGUGGCUGGAGCCAAAUAUACAAGGGGCUGACAUUAGUUACCAUCACCGGAGCUGGACAUGAGGUCCCACUCCAUCGACCUCGCGAAGCUUUCAUUCUUUUCAAAUCAUUUUUGGAGAACAAGCCCAUGCCUAAUUAGUUUUCGUCCAAUCUUAUUCAAACAUAUUCUUGAUGAAUAAGCAGCCCAAACACCUGGAAUUUGCAACCAUUUUUCAUAUACAAACGCCAUGAAGAAGGAAAUGAUGACAAAAUUAGACAAGCAUUCAUCUCAAAUGCCUCUCCAUUGUUGCCCCAAGCAGUGUCAAUUUCAUUCUGUUACGCAGUUGCUGUCUAUAGGAUAAUGGAUAACAUCCAUGAGAAGAAACUUAAAGCUACUGAUAAGUAAGACCAAUUGUACCAUAUAUAUAGAUGGAUUCUUCAUAUUAAAGAAAAUAUUAUUUGGAUUUCAGUUUAGGAGAAGUGUUCUCAUCAGUAAAAUUGUACUGGUGUGUGUGACAUUUCCAAUAUACAGGAUGCUUAUUAAUUUAUUAUCAUUGACGUGC